CGAGCGCCGGCAGGGAAAGGAUGAGGCCUCCGCCUCCCCGGCUCCUCGCGAGCCUCGAGCGAGUCAAUAAAUCUCUGCUCUAUCAUGUUCUGCUGCAACUGCUGCUACUAGCGCUCUCCAGCCGGGCGGAGGAAUGCCCGUCAUCCGAGCUCAUUCCCGGCUGUCCCUGCUACAACUUCGAGGGUGGACUCUUUCUCGAGUGCGCCGGUGCGACCGAGGAUACGCUGCGCACUAUUCUACUGGGAGUCAUGAAUGCAGUUGGAGACAAUACGGUAAUCCAGUCGCUGAGUGUCUACGAGCUCGACAGGGCGAUCGAAGAACUGCGGGACGACGCUUUCCCGUCGGGGGCGCAGAUCAGGCACUUGCAGAUCUCGCACUCGUCGCUGCGCGACAUCAGCGAGUCGGCUUUCAGGAAUCUCGAGCGCAGUCUCGAGUCUCUGGCUCUGCUCUCCGGACGUUUGACCAACGUGCCGCAAAACGCCCUGUCCAAACUGCAUAAAUUGACGGCCCUGGAUCUCGAGUCGAACCUCAUACCCGAGCUGUCCUCCUACUCUUUUUACGGCUUAAAACUUGUGAAAUUGAUUCUCAAGGGUAAUCAGGUGUCGAAAAUCUCGGAAUAUGCAUUCGGCGGCCUCGAGGAUUAUCUGACCGAGCUCUAUCUCGAGGAGAACAAGUUGAAACUUUUCCCCAUGACGGCGCUGCGACGACUGCACAGUCUCGUCGAGCUGCGGCUGGCUUGGAACGAGAUCUCGAGCUUCAACGACGACGGCCACUCGACCCUCAAGUCGCUGCGCAACCUCGACCUGAGCAGCAACAACUUCGACGAGCUCAAGGCCGACUGCUUCAGGCCGUUCCCCGCCCUCAAGACGCUGUCGCUCUAUCUGAACAACAUCGAGGACGUCGACAAGCGGGCCUUCGUCUCGCUCACCAGCCUCGAGUCGAUCGACCUGAGCCACAACAAGAUCGUAUUCCUCGACUCGAACACCUUCAAGGCCAACGAGCGUCUGCGCACCAUCGAGCUGAGCCACAACCACAUACACUACAUCGGCGGGGUGUUCGCCGGCCUGCCGGAGCUGCGCGAGCUCUUCCUCGCCGAGAACAACAUCCUCGAGAUCCCGGCCGACGCGUUCGUCGGCAGCAUCGGUCUGUCGGUCAUUUACAUGCAGCAGAACGCCAUCAGGCGCAUCGACGGCCGCGGACUGUCGAGCCUCAGCCAGCUCGAGCAGCUGCAUCUGACGAGCAAUUACAUCGAGCGGCUGCCCGUCGACUUCUUCGAGCAGUGCGACAAUCUGACCUCUUUGUUUUUGGACGGCAAUCGCAUCCGAGAGCUCAGCAUCGGGACCUUCUCCAAACUGAACGAGUUGCGCGAGCUGCGCCUGCAGGACAAUCAAAUAAGCGAGGUGAAGCGCGGCGCCCUCUCGCCCCUGUCCUCGCUGCAGGAGCUUCAUCUGCAAAACAACUACAUCCGCAACGUCGAGACCGGCUCACUGAGCACUCUCUUCAACCUGCAGGACUUGAACCUGCAGGGCAAUCAGAUCACUCAGCUGGGCGACAUUUUCCAAUUGUCGGAGAUCGACUCGCAGACCAGUCGCUCGCUCGUCUCCAUUCAGCUGGACAGCAACAAUCUGUCCUCGUUGCACAACAAUUCGCUGCGCGGCCAGGUCUCUGUGCGCAUAAUGUGGCUCGGCAACAACAAGCUCACCCACCUGCAGGCGCCACUUUUUCGGGACUUGAUGCUCGUCGAGAGGCUCUACUUGACCAACAACUCCAUCGUGAAAAUCGACGACGCGGCCUUCGAGCCGAUGCAGGCGCUGCGAUUCCUCGAGCUGAGCAAGAACAAGCUCAGCCGCGUGACCGAUCGCACCUUCUCGGAGCUGAGGGAGCUCGAAGAGUUGUACCUGCAAGAUAACAGCUUGAGCCGUCUCGAUCCUUACUCUUUUUCGGCUCUCAAGAAACUUCGCGUGCUCGAUUUGUCGAAUAAUUUUCUCACGGUCCUGCAGGACGGCGUCUUUCAAGCCAAUCUGCCCAUUCGAAACUUAUACCUGAGAAACUGCUCGAUCGAGAGCAUCGAGAGCGGCGCCUUUCAGGGCUUGAACGAGCUCGUCGAGCUCGAUCUGUCCAAGAAUAAAUUAACCGUUCAAGCUCUGCGGAGGCUGCAGAUAUCCGGCCUGCAAACGCUCGACGCUUCGAAGAAUAAUUUUAGUCAACUUUCCGAGCACAGCUUUACGGGCCUGCCCUCGUUGCAGCACUUGAUCCUCGACGACGUGCAGAUAUCGCAAAUACCCGAGACGCUCUUCAUACUGAACGUCAACUUGGCCAAACUUCAUUUGAACCGCAAUCAUCUAAAAACUCUGCCCCCGGGCAUCUUCGAUAAUUUGCUCUCGCUGAAGGAGAUCAAGCUCAAUUACAAUCGUCUGAGCAGCGUGCCGUACUCGGCACUGGCGAGCGCCAAAAAUUUGGAGAGCCUGUCUCUGUCGCACGGCGAUAUAGCCACCAUCGACGUGGCCAGCAUGUCGGGCUUGAAGCAUUUGCGCGAUAUCGACCUCGGCCACAAUCGCAUCGAGUCCAUGUCGGGCUUCGCGCAGGCCAACUUGUCCAAGCUCUUCUCCGUCGACUUGAGCCACAAUCAGCUGGCCGUGUUGCCGGCCAAUUUCUUCGUGCACUCGCCGAUGCUGAAGCACUUGGACCUGUCGGAAAACCGAUUCCGCCAGAUACCCUCGAUGGCGCUGUCCAGUCAAAAUCUGCCCGGGCUCUCGUGGCUGAAUCUCACUCGCAACCCGUUCCAGAAGAUACACGAUAUCUCGACGGACGCCAAGUAUCCGCUCUUGAACGAGCUUCAUCUGUCGUACACGAACUUGACGCUGCUCACCUCGCAGGACUUCGAGGCCUUCCCGGCGCUCGAAUAUUUGCACGUAAAUCACAACGGCAUAUCGCGCAUAUCGCCGGGCGCUUUUCGCAGCCUGCCGAACCUGCACACCCUCGACUUGGGCGACAAUAGUAUCGACAUCUUACCGCAGGAGCGACUCCAGGGUCUGCAGCACCUCAGCAUUCUCAAUCUCACGCACAACAGAUUGAAAGAGCUCGAAGAAUUCCCGGAAGAUCUGAAAGCCCUGCAGACACUCGAUCUAUCGUUCAAUCAAAUUGGUACCGUAGGCAAAGUCACAUUUAGAAAUCUCGUGAACUUGGUCGAGCUGCAUCUGUACGGCAACUGGAUCAAUACCAUAUCCGGCGAUGCUUUCAAGCCGCUCAAGAAACUCCGGCUACUUGAUCUCAGUCGAAAUUACCUGGAGAAUCUGCCGCUUAAUGCUUUUCGACCCCUCGAGACGCAAAUACGCAGUCUAAGGACCGAAGAAAAUCCACUCAACUGCGGCUGCGAGUCACAAGAGCUGUGGGAGUGGCUGCGCGACCAUCAAAAGCUCGUGGGUCGCGGUGGAAGCAGCGUCGAGGUCGAGGGUGGGUUACUGCGCUGCGACCAGCCGCCGGAAUUGCGCGGCCUCGUUUUUCUCGAUCUCGACCCGCAUACCUUCUGCUCGGCGCCGCUCGUUCUCAAGCUUGCCAUCCAGGACAUACAACCCUACUCCGUGCUGGUGUCUUGGCAGAGCAGAAAUCACUCGGGCCUGCACGGCUAUCAAGUGGCUUAUCACGCCCUCGGCAACGUCGACGAAGUAAGUGUACGUGGAAAACUUUUGGACCCGAAGACGCGCUCGGUGCGCCUGAGCAGAUUGAGCCCGGACACGCGCUAUCUCAUUUGCGUGCUCGGCCUGGGCAGCUGGGGCACGCCGAUCCCCGAAGACUUGAGCUCGUGGAAUUGGAACUCGACGUCGGCGGCGGCGUCCGUGUCCUCCUCCUCGUCGCAGCAGGACGAACUUUUGGAGAGCUCUGCGCAUCCGGUAAUGGUGAACUCUCCGAUGUCUCGCUGCACCGAGGUGCGCACCCUCGAGUCGCCGAGCUCGCAAAUCGGCGAGGGCGCCGUGGGCGAUCGCAGCAGUCUCGCGAGCCUCCUGACUCGCCGGCUGGGCCUCAUCGUCGGCAGCUGCAUGGGCUUCGUCGUGUUCAUCGUGCUGAUCUCGGUGCUGGGCUACAUGAAGAUGAAGAAGCAGCGCGCCCAGGCCAAGCGCGAGCAGCCGCUGGCGCCCAAUCCCCCGGAAUACCUGUCCUAUCGGCACUUCUCGCUGCAGAGCGGCGACCGACCGGACAACAACGCCUGCCCGAGCUUCAUAGGCACGACGGCCCUGAACUCGUAGCAAAAGCACCCGGCGGACGACGAGCAGCAGCAGCAACACGACAUCGAGCUCAAGAGCGUCAGUGAGUUUUUCGGUUGAUUCGCUGCGC